CUCUACCAAGUAGAGGUGGGUAGUUCCGGACCUGUAUAGUUCCAUGAACUAUGUUUUUUGUCGGAUACGUAUCCGAUCGUUCCUCAAAAUUGACUUUAGUAUACUCACUAGUUCUUUUUCGUCCGCCACUGCCGUCAUCACCAACAAGCAGUAAAGCAGCAAAAUAAUUUUUGAUUGGUGAUUUCUUAUGGAACUUUGAGUUUACUACCAAUCAUAAUUCAUUCUCUAUUUAGUGUAAAAUAAUGUAGUUCGCUAUGAAUGCGUCUUAAACACAUAGGUCGCGAAGCAUAAUGUUGUGUAUACUAGAAGUACUAGAAUAUUUCGUAUAUCAGUAUCAGUCUGCUCUCUAAAUACUUUUUUCCUAGGUUAUAUUUCAAAUUAUAUUUAAAAUAUAAUUAACGUUAAAUAUACGGCAAAUAAUAUUUUUAUUGUUUCAAAUAAAUAAUAUUUAUAUUUAUUCGGAUUUAUUUUAAUUGUUUUUAAACAUGCCACAUGUUAAAUAUAUAAAGCCGGUAUUAACUCCAGGUGGACAUUUAAAAACGACAAAAGACGGUAGAUUUUGUUUAUUUGUGGACACUCGUAGUUUGGAAGUGGUUUACGUAAAAAUGCAUGUAUCACGUUACAUUGGAGUUGCACCUACUAGAGAUGCAGAAGGCUAUGAAGACGAUAGCUUUGUUGAAACUUCAUUUGCGAGUGACGAUGAAAUAAUCGAAGUCUCUGAAUAAAUAUUGCCCACCGACCAGCUGUAGAGUUCACCGAAUAAAAAACUCAAACUAAACCAUCUAGAUUCAAAAUAUAACAUAUUUUCAAAAUCAUUUAAAAAUAAUUUUAUUAUGGCAGUACGGAGAAAAAGUAGCGCUUUAUGGAACCAUUUUGACGAAACUCAACCCAAAAUUGCAAAGUGUAAUUACUGUACACAAACAAUUUCGUUUUCUGCAGAGAGCUUAGGAAAUUUAAAUCGACAUCUGACUCGAAAGCAUCCAACUAUUGUCAUAAAUAAUUCUAAUGACAAACAAAUUACAUCUGCAUCUUCGACUCCAAAUGAUUCCUCAACAAUUACUGAUUUAAGUUUACAAUUACCAAUUUCACACUCAAGAUCGACAACCUUCAGUACUCAGCUGAAAAUUGAUCAUUUUACUGAAAGUAGUAAGCCUAUGCCUCUAAGUAAAAAACAACAAAUAGAUAACCAAUUGAUCACCAUGAUUGCUAAAGAAUAUCAUCCACUUAGCUUAGUGGAAGAAGUUGAGUUUAAAAAAUUGGUCUAUCUGUUAUGUCCAUCAUAUAAAUUACCUACACGUAAGACGCUUUCAGAAAAUUUUUUGCCACAGCUUUCUUUAAAAUUAAAUCAAGAUGUAAAAAUGAAAAUGGAAAAAGCGCAAGCUAUAUGCUUAACAACAGAUGGCUGGACUUCAAAAAACAAUCAAAGUUUUCUUGCUGUCACAGCGCACUACAUUGAUACUGAAACGAUGAAUAUGAAUUCAUGUUUAUUGGGCUGUGUAAAUUAUAAUAAUAGUCGUACGGCAGAGAAUUUGUGCAAUUUUUUAAGAAGUAUGAUCAAAGAAUGGAAUAUAGAGAAUAAAGUGGGGGCUAUUGUUAGUGAUCACGCAGCUAAUAUUAUUGCAGCAGUGAAAUUAGAAGGCUGGCGCUCGAUCGGUUGUUUUGCUCAUUUAUUAAAUCUGAUUAUACAAUCAUCAAUAACACGAAUUUCCAGUGUGGUUCAAAAAGUUAAAAGUAUUGUUGAAUAUUUCAAGAGAAGUACUAAAGCUCUAGAAAAACUUCAUGAAUUACAAAAACAAAUGGAACUGCCUUUACUGAAAUUAAAACAAGAUGUUCCUACUCGAUGGAACUCGACAUUCGAAAUGCUGGACCGAGUGUAUCAAGUAAAAAAUGCAAUUAUUGCAACUCUUGCCCUAAUGAAUAAUAACUUAUCUUUAUCUACGGACGACUGGAUUGUGAUUGAGGAAGCACUACCCAUACUAAACGUUUUUUACGAUGUUACUGUUGAAAUUUGCUCAGAAACAAACGUGAGUUUAUCUAAAGUAAUAGUAUUUUGUGACUUAUUGAGAGACCAUGUCGACCAACAUCUAGUGUUAUUGGAUGCUAAAAUGAGAAUUGAAAACCAAUACGCUUUGGGAAUGAUUAAUAAUUUAUUAAAAUCGCUACACUUCGAAAUGAAUAAACGUUUAAAUGAUUUUGAAAAAAAUUUCCUCUAUUCAGAAUCAACAAUUCUGGAUCCCAGAUUUAAGAAGAAAGGAUUUCGUGACGAAAUUAAUUCUGAGAAAGCUAUUGAAGACUUAAAAUUGAAAAUUCGGAGUAUUCGAAGUGAGCCAUCCAGCAAUUUGACUCUCACUCACGUCUCGGCUCCAAUAUCAACAAAUGUUGUUUCUUCGACAGAGCCAUUAUCAUUUAGUACACAGCCUGUUUCUAUUUGGGAUAAAUUUGAUCGAAAAAUAGCAAGUUUAACCCCUCAAAAUAGUACAGCAGCUGCAAUAGUUGAACUCGAUAAGUAUAUAAAUGAACCAAACCUUCACAGACAAGGAAAUCCACUUCAAUGGUGGUAUUCUCGUAGGAAUGUGUACCCGAUAUUAUAUAAAUUUGUUUUAAAACGUUUAAAUUUAGUUGCUACAAGUGUACCGUGCGAGCGUAUCUUUUCAAAAGCUGGCAUAAUUCAAAAUGAAAAAAGAUCUAGAUUAUCUGCUACCAAAGUAUCUCAGCUUCUUUUUAUAGCUAGUAAUUAUCAAAGUUAAAUCUACAUUGAUAUUAUUUUAAAAAUUAUUUUUGCUUUUGUUAUUUUUAUUUUAAUGUGAUCGCAUAAAUUUAGUAUAUAUUCAAAAUAUUUUCUAAUCAAAUGAGUAACACCUAUAGAUUUUAAUAUAUACUUGUUUAAAAUAUAAUAAUAUAUAAUAUAUUAUUAAUAACAAUGUUGCAAUAUAAUAGUAAUUGUUAAAAAAGUUUGUGAAUGUAAUUGUGAUACUAAUUAUAUUAAAAGUUUGUAUUGAAAUAUAUGUAAUUCGUCUCCUUAUUUGUUAGUUGAACCAUCAUGAUAAUUAAAAACAUUAAAUAGUUCCACGGAUAUAAUUCCAGGAACUAGUUCCUUUUCGCUCCGGAAACGUUCUAGGUUCAAUCCGAAAUUUUCCCGGAACUACCCACCUCUACUACCAAGCAUCAACGAAGCACUUAAUGCAGCAAAAUUGUUGGAAAAAUAUUUUUUAUUUAAUGAAGUUGAUGUGACAGUAUCUCAUGAUAUGAGUAAAAUUUAUAAUAAAUUACAAUUAGAAUAUUGGUGCAACAAAAAAUAUCAGACUAAAAUAACCGA